UGGUUAUGUUCCAUUAGCAUAAAAUUUACAAAGUAAAACAAAAAUGUUUUGUAGAUUUUGUAUUUCUGCACUUCCAAAAAGGCAUAAUGGCAUCAAAAGAUAUUCCACAGUGGUUAAAGCUGCAGCACCCCAAGCAAAUAGGUCCAAUAAAGACAAUAUUGGCAAAGAAAUUUUAGAAUACAGGCACAUGUAUCCAGAAUUUCUACCAGAUCCUAAAGUCGAAUUUAGAAAUACGCUACGGGAAAAACUAGAACGAAAUGAUAUGCUAGCCAGGAGAGCUCAUAUUAAUAUCCCAGAAUUUUAUGUUGGUUCAAUCUUAGCAGUGGAAUCAUCAGAUCCCCAUGCACCAGGGAAACCCCAUAGAUUUGUUGGAAUAUGCAUUCAAAGGACAGGCUGUGGUCUUCGUGCUAAAUUUAUUUUGAGGAAUAUCAUAGAUCAUCAGGGAAUUGAAAUCUCUUAUGAGAUGUAUGAUCCAACAUUACUAAAAGUUGAAGUAUUAAAACUAGAAAAACGCCUAGAUGAUGAGCUUCUUUACCUUAGAGAUGCCCUUCCAGAAUAUUGCACUUAUGAUCCAAACAUGGAACCUGAAAUUUUACCAGAAGGUUCUCAAAUCCCAGUAAACACAACCAAAGUGAAGUUGAAACCAAAACCAUGGUUAGAAAGGUGGGAACGGAAAAAUCUUCAAGGUGUUCAAGAUUUAGGAUUACCUGAAAAAUUCUAUAAGAGAGCUGCAGAAUUAGCCACACCAUGGGAGAAAUAUGAUUUAAUGAAGGAAUAUAUGCGUACAAUUCCCGAAGAAGAUCAAUUGGAAAUAUUUGGUGAAAUUGAUAGCAAACUCCAGAAACUACAAGUACAAGGAAGAAAAAUGAAGAAGAGGGUCUUUGUCAAACCCACAAAGUUAGCUUAAGGUUAUAAAUAAAUUUCUCAUUAAGG